ACAGAAAAAUUUCUAUAAAAGUGACUACAAAUAUAUCGUAAAAAUGGUUAAAGUAAAAGCAAAAAGUUCUAAAAAGAAACAAAUAAAAGCUCAACCGACAAAAAUGGAAGUAGAAACUGUUGUGUUACCUCCAGUGCGAAUGUCGGAUGAUCCUACUCCUAAACAGAUAAAAUGGAUCAAUAGGCAGAGAGUAUUGGUAUUCGCGGCUCGUGGUAUUAACCACCGGCACCGUUAUCUCAUGGAGGACAUUAAGAAACUGAUGCCUCACCACAAGACUGAGUCCAAAAUGGAAAGGAGCAAGAACUUGUACGUGGUGAACGAGAUCAGCGAGAUGAAGAACUGCAAUAAAUGCAUCCUGUUUGAAGGCAGAAAGAUGAGGGAUCUGUAUUUGUGGAUGGCUAACAUUCCUAAUGGACCGAGCGUUAAGUUUUUAGUAGAAAACAUUUACACAAUGGGUGAACUCAAAAUGACAGGAAAUUGUCUAAGAGGAUCCAGACCGCUUCUUUCCUUUGAUCCCCAAUUCACCAAGGAUACACACUAUGCCUUGCUAAAGGAACUGCUAAUCCAGAUAUUCGGGGUGCCCAACCACCAUCCGAAAAGUCAACCGUUCUUUGAUCAUGUGUAUACCUUCAUGGUGCUCGACAACAGAAUUUGGUUCAGAAAUUACCAGAUUUUAUCUGAAGAUGGGGCUUUGGCAGAAAUUGGACCUAGAUUUGUGUUGAACCCUGUUAAAAUAUUCUCUGGUUCAUUUGGUGGAGUGACCAUCUGGGAAAACCCGAAGUAUGUGAGCCCCGCUAAACUGCGGCAAGCUUUCUCCAAGAAAGCUGGUGAUAAGUACGAGAGACGGAUUGAGAAGAAAGCGGUGUAUGAGGCUACGAAGCCCGAGACGGGGUAUCCGGAUAUUGAAGAUGCUGAUUUCUUCAAGGGUGAUGCUGUGGAGAAAGCUGAAGAAGUGGUUGUAAAAGACGAAAUAAAGGAAGAGGUGGACAGUGAGGAAGAGGUUCAGAUUAGACCCGCCAUCAAGAAAUCUAAGAGCAAACCGGACAUGGCCAUCAGACGGAAACAACUCAAAGCCAAGAGCAAGCUCAUCUCCGACCAGAUCAAGAAGAGGAAACAGUUCAAAAAGAAGAAGCCUAAUAAAAAAUAAAUACCUACUUAA